AGAUUUGUCUUGUUCUUAUCACCCCCGUUCUUAUCGACACUUCAGUUGAAACAGUUUCGAAAUGGCCAACGCAGUCGUGAAUAAUGAUAGUGUGCAAGAGGACAUGCAGCAGCUGGACAUAAUGAAGAACGCCUUGAUUGACGCCCCAGUGGAUUUGGCUCUCUUCGGCCAGUCCAUGGCUCGACUGUACAAUGAUUUGCAAGUUACAGGACAGGACGCCGCAACCACCGAGUUCAUCCAAGUUCGUGACUCGACGAGAAAACAAGCAAUGACGUACAUGAGACAAGUGCUGCCUCAGACAGAAAAGACUGUCAAGAUGAUUGCUACUUACAUGGACUCCUACUGCGACAUGGGAUCCUUCGAGAACUGGCAAGAAUGUCUGGACGACAUAAUGAGUGAGCUCCGAGAAGCACAAACUGCUUGUGAGUUUCUGCGACACAUGCAUAACGCGAUUAUAGUGGAGCUCAGAAAGAACGAGGCCAGAGCUUCGGUCGGCGUCGCCCAGUUGGAGACGAUGCGCCAGAACUACGAACAAGAAAGAGCUACUCUGCGAAACUGUGCUCAGGAAGCGCGCAUGAGUGCUGACAAUGCCAGGUUUUGGGGAAGAGUGCUGGCUCCUAUAACUCUAGGCCUUUCAGCUAUCAUUGCAGAAAGCUAUGCUCGCGAGCACAACCGCAACGAACAAGUUAGCACAUCUCGUGCAGUAGCGCGUCAACAAAACGCCAGUAUAGCUCAAAAAGCGUCGGAGCUUACGACUACAGAGUUGAUUCCGGCCAUUCAAAAUUUCAUCAAAUGCCUCGAUGCCUGUCUGACAUUUGUCAACAUGUCAAAGGCAAAACUGGAAAGAAUGAUUGCAGCUGGGGAUAAUGGCCCAAAGCGCAGGUACUACUUUGCUAUGAAUGAACGGGCGAGAGAAAUCAGCGGUCUGUGUGACUACUUCGUCAGUGUCACUGAUCGAAUGCGCUCAAGUCUGAACGCAAUCCCAGAAAAUCCGGCGGAUAAAAACUACGUGGACCAAUGGCUAGAAAAUCAAAUUCGGCAAUUUGAACAAGCCGAGAGAGCACGCGGAUUGAACCCCAUGGAGUCGCUUAGCAGGUUCUUCGGUUCUGGUCCACGAGGGAAAGCCACCGGCCAGAUAUCGCCGGUUGGGCGACAGUUCGUACCAAGCGACCAGUUGUAAAAGGUGACCAUUCAUUCGUACUCAACCUAAAGAAGACGAUUUGUAACCGCAUGCGAAAAUUAUAAUCAAACCAAAAUCCAUAACUCAAAUAUUCUAUGUAAAACUUUCAGUUAAAAUCAAAACUCUGCAGAGUAUUAAUCAUCAUCAUCAAUGGAGUCGUUUUCACACCCUUUUCGUGUAUUCUUAUGGUUGUUCAGGUAACUUCUACAAAUUCCAGAUAAUUGAAAAAAUGAGUUUACUCACACUUAGA